UCAUUUACUUUCAAAGUGAAAUUAUUGCCAUUUCAUUGAGUGUAUUUGUCAUCCUUUUUGCGCUCAUCACUGAAAACAAAUCUUGUCAGCAAAUAAUUUCAUGGUCACCAAAGUUUUCCAGCAUCUCGAGUUCCUCGCAACUUCUUAAGGCAAAUAAUUCACUCAACUGCCUCUCAAAGAAGAAAUAAUAUAAUAAUAGAAUUUCUAAAAUAGUUGAGAAAAUCUGUAAAAAAAAAAGAAAAGAAGAGAAAUUAUCCAAAUCAAUAACAGGCAACAGGUCGGAAGUCUAUUUGGACUAAAACCGAAUUUUCGGGUCAUCCUCCAUAUAUACAUAUAUGUGUGUGGUCGUUUUGUUUUAUUAUCAUUAUUAUAUUUUUUUUCUAUCGACCGGAUACUAACAUCAGUCUGGAAAUUGCUCUUGGAUCUCGUGGGUCACUGUCAAGGGCUUGCGCGCGUAAAACGUCGUGCAAACGCGCAGGAGUUCACGCAGCUCUCCGAUUAAAAUAUAUAGAUAGUAAAGUCUGACGACUAUUCCUAGUGAACAGGACAUGUUGAAUUUUUGAGGAGUGAUAGCGAUAAUCGUCCGUCGUCAUCUCCUGUUUCAAUUUUCAUCCUCAUUCAUGAAAAACAUUAACAGUGUGAUUAUUUGGUGAAAAACAAAAUCCUUUCUCAAAAUUUCUCUCUUCCUCGGGUUCCAAAGUGUCCCUCUCCAUAAACCUGGAAAAAUGAAAUCAUAUUAGCGGAAACCAAAAAGAAAAAAAAAGGGUGAGGGAUAGGAAAUGGAUACUCACGGUGCAGGAGUUGUUGCCAUCCUGGGAACAAUUGGAGCAGCCACGGGAGCAAUUUCAGCGGUUCUUGUUUAUACAAUUUGUGCUCGUCGUCGUCGUCUUCCUUUAUUAAAUCCUAGUGGUCCUCUUAACUGGUUCGAAAAGGAUCUCCUGAACAGAGCAGCGGAGGAAGAAAAUUCGAAGGAAACAUCAUUUGAUAUCGGCUCUAGUCGAAAACUUCAAAGACAAAGCAGCAGUCGUAAUGACGAAACCUGGCAAUUAAGUGACAUUGAAAAUGCCAGAGAAUCACCCAGACAAGCAAAACGUCAUUUAUCAUCGGAGUGUAGUUGCGAUGACGCAAUUGGAACAACAGUGAGUCCAAUUGCACCCCCAUUACCGGGAGGAGCUGUUGUUGCAUCAGACGAACGAAUGGUGAUUGUAAAAUCAUUACCAAGAUCAUCCGACAGUUCAUCAAAUUCAAGAUUGAAUAGUGCCGACAGCGAUGAAAUAUCCUGUCCAAGAUCAGCAAAUGAAACGCGAGGCGAAAUUGAAUUGUGUUUAGUCUACGACGCCUCAUCUGGAAUUCUCAAUGUUAAAUUAAUUGAGGCACGUGAUCUUCGAGCUCGUGAUCUAAGCGAAACGGCGGAUCCUUAUGCAAAAAUUCGAUUACUUCCUGAUAAAAAUAAUGUCUGGCAGACGAGAAUUCACAGGCGAACUUUAAAUCCUGUAUUUGACGAGGAUUUUGUCUUUGAAGUUCCGCCUCAUUGCUCGCUGGCCGAGAGGACAUUGGAAAUUUUGUUCUACGAUUUUGAUGCAUUUUCACGUCAUCGUGGAAUAGGAUAUAUGAAACUUGCGCUAACAAAUUUAGAAUUAAAUUUGACUCCAAAAACAGUGACGAAAUCAGUUCUUCGUUAUGGCGCUGAAGGUUUUCGUGCACCUCCACUUGGCGAACUUAUGGUCUCAUUAUCCUAUCAGCCAUCCUGUGAAAAACUCACCGUCAUUGUUAUUAAAGCCAGAAAUUUGCCUCUUCCCGAUGACACCGCCGCUAAUUUUGAACCCUACGUUCAGGUGACAGUUAUACGGGACGACAAGAGUGUGAAGAAGAAAAAAACUGGCGUCCGCAGAGAGGGUUCAAGUCCCGCCUGGAGUGAAAUUCUCAAUUUUGACAUUAGCAGCGAAGCAUUGUCCACAUCGCGAUUACAAUUUUCCGUAUUGCGUUCAGCUGGUCAACUUCUAGCAAAAUGCGAAGUAUCCGAGAAAUGUCAUCGUGAAUUAUUCCGUCGCGUUCUGUCCGGAACUGGAGCCUCAGCCCAAUGGAUAUCACUAACGGAACCUGAAAAUUCUGUCGAACUUCCCGAAUAAGAAAAGCAAAAGAAAAGAGAAAAAAAAAAUAACCAUCAGGGUCAAAAUCAGUACAACUUUUCUUUUGCUAUUAUUUUUCAUUUCAAUUUUCAAUCAAGAAAAAAAAAACGAUUCAAGAGAUCGUCUAAUUUUUUCCCCCCUCAAUUUUUGUCCAUCGAGCUUAUUCUAAAUCGAAACCUGAAAGCCUCAAGAGUCACAACGCUCGAGAUAUAUUUUUUUAUUCAAAGUUAUUUUCCUAUAUACAGAGAGAAUUUUAAAUAUAUAUGAGAAAAAUAAAAUAUUGCUUUUUUAUGAGACGGAUUUAUUCUAUAUAAUAUAUACUAUAUAUAUAUAAAAAAUGUUGGCAGAGAAAAAAAUUUUAGUGUAUAAUAAUAAAAAGAGAAAAAAAAUAAAAUUGUGUACAGAAAAGAAAAUUAUAUGAAUUGAGAGAAAUGGUCUAUAGACUUGAGAGGUUUUUAGAUUUUCUGAUUAGAAACGGUUGCGUGGACCAGGGCUUUAUUUGUCCAUUAAAGUCGUAAGCAAAAAAAAACAGUGCAGCGUUCAAAUGUACAAAAAUGCAAAAAUUCUUCCUCUUUCCUUCCAUUAUACAAAAAAACUUUUUCUACUCCCAAUUCGAAAGCAAAUUCAUUUUUCAAGUUUUUUCUACUUCCAUUUUUUGUAAUUUUUUCAAAUCACUUUUCUAUUUUUCUAUUCCUUUUAUUUUCCAUUACA